AUGGCGGCCGUAGGCCGCUUUCUGAAUUCGUUUCCCGGUUUGAUCUUCAUUUUGACAAUAUCUACUUUGCUGGGGGCAAUCCUGUUUCAGCGCCUGGAGUCAUCACACGAGAAGCAUUCACGAAUACAUGUGUCCAAGACAAGGCAGAAGAUAUUCAUUUUGGCCCAGAAACUUGCUCGAAAAGGCGAGAAUGCUGAUUGGUCCAAGCUGGUCGCUCAAGUGGAUCGCUACCGAGAUAAACUGCACGAGGCAUGGCAAGCUGGCACCGAUGAAAUGACGAUUGAGCUACCAACCAAAUGGACAAUAUGGGGAGGCAUCUACUACUGUUUCACUCUUUUCAGCACUAUUGGUAAGCAUGUGUUACACUUGCUAAUCCCGGUAGUAUCUGCAUAA